GUCCCCUUUGUUCCGGUAAGAACACUUCCGCUGCCUGUCGUCACUUCCUGUUGAAUCACUGAUAAAGACGAGCCUGGCGGUAACUCCGCGGGUCAAUUUUUUGGGUUUGUUCGGUGAAUCCGGGGUGUAUCGGAGCCAUCAGAACCGCAAACAUGACGGUGGGUAAGAGCAGCAAGAUGCUGCAGCACAUUGACUUCAGGAUGAGGUGCAUCCUCCAGGACGGGAGAAUCUUCAUUGGCACCUUCAAGGCCUUCGACAAACACAUGAACCUGAUCCUGUGCGACUGCGACGAGUUCAGGAAGAUCAAGCCAAAGAACUCAAAGCAGCCCGAGCGAGAAGAGAAAAGGGUUCUAGGUCUGGUUCUCCUGAGGGGGGAGAACCUGGUCUCCAUGACAGUUGAGGGACCACCUCCUAAGGAUACUGGCAUAGCUCGUGUCCCGUUGGCCGGCGUGGCCGGGGGUCCAGGUGUGGGUCGGGCAGCAGGUCGCGGUGUCCCCGCAGGAGCCCCGAUGCCUCAGGCUCCGGCCGGACUCGCCGGCCCAGUUCGAGGUGUGGGCGGUCCUUCGCAGCAGGUAAUGACUCCGCAGGGAAGAGGGACAGUUGCCGCGGCAGCAGCAGGAGCCAGUAUCGCCGGUGCUCCCACACAAUACCAACCUGGAAGAGGAGCCCUACCCCCGAUGGGCAGAGGAGCCCCGCCCCCUGGUAUGAUGGGCCCACCUCCUGGCAUGAGGCCCCCAAUGGGUCCUCCAAUGGGGAUGCCUCCGGGUCGAGGCGCUCCGAUGGGGAUGCCCCCUCCAGGCAUGAGGCCACCGCCCCCUGGCAUGAGAGGGCCACCUCCUCCCGGCAUGAGACCGCCUCCCCGGCCUUGAGGAAGUCCAGCCUCCCCAAACUCACUUGUUGUAUAGAUAUUUUUUCUUUGUUUUUAAUCCGUUUUGUGUUUUUUAAUAAAGUUUCUUCAGGAUGGUUUGA